UUGUCCUUUCGUCAUUUGGAUUUUAGUAAAUACACUUUUAAUGUACUCUCUGUUAGUAAGUUCAUAGUACUGCUAUAUCCACUACAUCAUUAUAUUUUCUGGCUUGGACAUUGUUCUUCCUCACUGAACAUGUCUGUGGAAGUAGGUUCAUUACACUGUAUGCUUUGGAAUGGCUAACCUACUAAGCAAUCUUGAUUGAUAAUGCAGCGUGUGCGUGCUGCUAAAGAUACAGAACAUUUCCAGAAUUCAUCCUCACCACAUGAACAAAGAUUAGUGAAGGCAUCCACAUCCACAACAAAGGAAGUACCAAAACAUAAGACUGCACAAAAGAAACCAAAAACUGUCAUCUUGCUCUCAUUGGCCGCAAGAACUAAAGGCUUGGUGGUUGGUAAAGGAAUCAUAAAAAGUAGAGAUAGCAAAUAUGUGGUUCAAGGGGAUACAUUGGGUGACUCAUUUUGGGCAAUCAGUGUUCUAAAUGUUAGUAAACUUGGAUGUGAAGAACUGCCUCGACCAUUUGAAGAUAUCCAAACUGUAGAAGAUGCUAUUGGUCAUUGCAUUGCUUGGCCAUCUACUCAUGUUAAGAGAGUAAAAGAUGUUUCAAACUAAGGCAACAUGUCUUCUGAUCUUGCAAUGCAAGGAAAUUUCACAAAGUGUGACAAGAGAUCAGGGGAACUCAAAGUGCUGAUCAUUUCACAAGAGCGGAAGAGCAGUGUGUAUUAUUUUAAAUACUAUGUUAUUUAGUUUUUCGUGUGAUGUUGCCUAGCAAGGGGAGGUUAUCUCGUGCUCAGAACAUGUUUAGUUUUCUGUUUUUUCUUUCAUGAACAUCUAGCGCUCACACUUAGGUGUCGUGGUCUGUUUUUAAGUUCAGUAUUUGCGUUUCUUUUAUCAAUCAUUGAACCCUUAGUAUAUUUAUACUGAAAUUAUCAAAUGUGUACUCAAUUGUAUUUUGUUCCUGUGUUGUAAUAUAUUUGGUACAAAUGUGUAUUAUGUUUCUAGUGAAUUUUGAUACUUCCUA